AUGGCAACCGCAGGCAGCCGGAGCGCCAGGGUCUGGAGCCCUCCCGGCCGCCGUUGCUUUGGCUACGCUCGCGCAGGCUUCGGCUGCGGAGGCGGGGCGAAGGCCACUCGCUGGCCGGCCCCGCCCCUCGCUGCCGCAGUAACGCCUGGGCUGGCUGCGGGUCAGUCAGGCCGGCAGCCUCUCUACGCCGUUCCCGGUCGGCUCGCCGCAGCCCACGCGCAGUAG